AAAAUUUCGUGCAAAUGAAAAAUUUUGUUACGUGAUACGUGAUACAUUUUUUACCGAGUGCAAUUUUAUAUCAUUAUCUUUAUAUUACCUUCAACGACAUCAUAUCGUUUAAUAUUUACGGCGACAAACUUUUUAGUUUUUCAACCCUACCGUCAUUCAUCACACCGCUUCGAGUUCAAAGGAUCAGUCCAUCUUGGCGUCUGAGGAUUGGUAGACUUACGAGGCUGAUAGAAAUUCCGGUGGUUUAUUCAUUCAUUCAUUCAUUAAUCAUUCGUCAAUAUUCUUCGGAUUUAAACGCUCAUAUCGAAAUAAUCUACAUUGUACAAUGGACCAUCAUAACAAUUCUCAAGAUCAUGAGUGCUCAACUGAGAAAAAAGAAAUGUCGAGUCUUUUGAAUUUGGUUAAAACAUUUAACAAUUUCUACAUAUCGGAGCUGAAUAAAAAUCAAUGUCAUCCUUUUGUUGUCAACGGAACACAAGUUGGAUUGAUACGAUCAGAUAUUUUGAAACAUCUCUUGCAAUACCCGAAUGUGUUCCGCUUACAUUUUGAUAACGUGAUACUGAAUCCAGCUUUCAAAACUUACGAUGAAAGGACUAAAAAUGUUGACGCCGUGCUUCGUGAUCUCCGUUCUAAGAACGCACUUAUCACAUUGAAGGGUUGGAGAGACGAAGAUUUCGAAGUACGUUCGUCAUUUAGCUCAGAAUCACUAUUUAAAAUGGAUAGAUCUGCGACGUGUUUAUUUGGAAUUUGUAACUACGGGGUUGAUAUUAAUGGAUACGUAAAUGAUCCAGAAAAAGGUUUAUGUAUCUGGCUUCAGAAAAGGUCCUUAACAAAACAACGCUGGCCUGGGAAAUGGGACAAUAUGGUUGGCGGUGGUCUGUCAUUUGGGCAUAAUAUCUUACAAACUGCUCAUAAAGAGGCUGAAGAAGAAGCUUCUGUUCCUAACGAAUUAAUGCUUAAGCUCAUUCCAAGUGGCUCCGUAUCAUUUUUCUUCGAAAACGAGCAAGGAUUGUUUCCGAACACCGAAUUUGUAUACGAUUUAGAAUUGCCCGUCGAUUUUAUUCCUAAAAAUCGUGAUGGUGAAGUCGAAGAAUUUGAAUUAUUAACUGCACAGGAUGCUUUGGAACGCACAUUUUCUUCCGAUUUUAAAACUACAAGUCGUCCAGUAUUAAUUGACUUUCUCGUACGACAUGGUUACAUUAGACCUGACACGGAACCCAGCUAUCCAGCCAUUAUUGAAUUGCUUCACGUUAAUCUUCAGUCUAUUUAUGGACAAAGCAUAAAAUGUUUUUUUGAUGAGAACGGUUCAAGUGAAAAUGUUUAAGCAUAUCUGCCCAAAAAUACUUUUAAUUUUAAUUCUAUUAUCGAAGAUUGUAUUUAAUCAAUAAGGUAUGAUCGGAUUGCUCCUUUAAAUGUAGAAUUUUCAAACAUUAUUGAUUUUUGUAAGUUUAAUUGAAUGUUGCUUGUAGAAUUUGUCAAGCGAACAUCAAUUAGUAUUGUGAUUUUGUUAAUUUUUCACUACUUUUAUAUGAUAUCUAUAUAUAGUUUAUUGCUUCAGUGUUUACAUAUAAUCAAGUUUCAUGAGUCUAUAAGAAAUAAUCAAUCAAUGAGCAUUCAUGUUUAUUUUUUCGUUAGUACGUUGGAAAUUUUAUCUGAAAAAUUUUUGUGAUAUGGAUUGUCUAGUCUAAUACUAAUACCUUAGUUGUUUAUAAUUGUUACAGUUUUUUUUGUUUAUUCCUUUUUGCCACUUCUUUCAGAAGAAUUAAAAUUUUGAAAAGCCAAAGAUUAUAAGAAGAAUGGAGUGAUUUCCCAGGAAAUGAAUAUUUCACAAGCACAGAUUAUGUAGGCCUAAGUAUAUGUGUAUUAUCAUAGAAUUGUAUUUUUAUGUGAAAAAUUACGUGUUAAUAAAUGUACCCAUUCCUUUCA